UAAAAUCUAUCAGAAAAAAAUCAUAAAUAUCACUUGCUACAUGUGUUCUCUUUCGCGCUCGGUAGAGAUAAUGGGAGGAAGAAUAACGAGCGACGGGUUCUGAGUGAGCUACAGUAACAGAGAAAAAACAUACAUGGGGCUGCCACUGCUUUCUUCUGCAUUAUGGGAUGCUUCUCAUAACUGUGCUUCCCCCAGCCUUGAGCUAAUCUGGCCGCACCUGUCAGCUUCUAAGUCAUAUUCUCUUUGUUUGAAGUUUAAGUACCAACAAUUUCACAAGAGUGGAGCAACAUUGCCUGGAGUUGUAGUUUGUGCCAGUAGAAGGCCCAAAAGCAAUGGAACUGUGUGGAGACGGAAAGAAUUACCACAAAAUGUAGAUUUCCCACCAGUUUUACCUAAGAAUAAGAAAAAACCAUUCUCUAUUCCCUUUAAGGAAAUCAAACAGGCUGCAAGGGAGGACAGGAAACUUGCACACAUGGGAAUAGAGAAACCUCUUGAGCCUCCAAAGAAUGGAUUGCUUGUUCCAGACCUAGUUCCUGUUGCCUAUGAAGUAUUUGAUGCUUGGAAGCUUCUGAUAAAAGGUCUUGCCCAGCUCUUGCAUGUCAUUCCUGUUCAUGGCUGUAGUGAAUGCUCAGAAGUUCAUGUAGCUAAAACUGGGCACCACAUUCGGGAUUGUUCUGGUGCUUAUAAUCGGAGGCGACAUAGUUCUCAUUCAUGGGUGAAGGGUUCCGUCAAUGAUAUACUUGUCCCAAUUGAGUCUUAUCAUCUUUUUGACCCGUUUGGUAGGCGUAUUAAACAUGAUACACGAUUUGAAUAUGACCGGAUUCCAGCUGUUGUUGAGCUAUGCAUUCAAGCUGGUGUGGAUAUCCCUGAAUAUCCUUCACGCCGAAGGACCAAUCCUGUCCGGAUGUUAGGGAGGAGAGUAAUCGACAGAGGUGGAAAUUUAGAGGAACCUAAACCAUGGCGCUUUGCAGACCCCUCUUCACUCAAUGAUUUUGAUACUUACAGAGCUUCUGAGCGAUUUCCACGACCAUCAUUGUCAGAUUUACCUAAAAUUGCCCAAGAAACGAUGGGCGCAUAUGAAACUGUGAAAAAGGGUGUCAGGAAGUUGAUGAGGAAAUACAGUGUGAAAGCGUGUGGUUAUUGCACCGAGGUUCAUGUAGGACCAUGGGGUCACAAUGCUAAGCUCUGCGGUGCAUUUAAGCACCAGUGGAGGGAUGGGAAGCAUGGUUGGCAGGAUGCAACUGUGGAUGAAGUUUUUCCUCCAAAUUAUGUGUGGCAUGUUAGAGAUCCUAGUGGGCCUCCCUUGGACUCUUCACUGAGGAGAUAUUAUGGAAAGGCUCCGGCUGUGGUUGAAGUGUGCAUGCAAGCUGGUGCACAGAUUCCAGAUGAGUACAAGCCCAUGAUGAGGCUUGACAUUAUAAUUCCUGACAGCGAGGAGGCAAGAAUGAUUGUGUGAUGAAAUCUGACAAAAUGCAGGCCAUGUUCAAGUGUUAUCAUGCAUGCUUAAUUCCUAGCUUGAGAAACGGAUUCAAUGAUACUAGAAAGUGAAAGAAAUCGUGAACAGGACAUGCCUGAUUCAUUGAUUAGGUGCUAGCUUCUAAUGUAUCCAACGUUUCUGUACAUGUAUAUAAAGGCCAAUAGCAUAGCAUGUAGUUUAUAUCACAGAACUUUGGCUCGUCAGUUUGUCUG